AUGCGGCCCUGGAGCCGGGUCAGGGUGGCCAAAUGCCAGAUGCUGGUCACCAGCUUCUUUGUCUUGCUCCUGGGCCUGUCUGUGGCCACAUUGGCGGCUCUCACCUACUUCGGGGCCCACUUUGCUAUCAUCGGCCAUGCAUCCUCAGACAGGACCCCCUAUGAGGCCAUGCACCGCUGGGCCUUCUACGUCGGCAUCAGCCUGGCCGGGCUCCUAACCCUGGGCGCCGUCCUGGGCGCCGCAGCCACAGUGAGGGAGGCCGGGGGCCUCAUGGCUGGGGGUUUCCUGUGCUUUGCCCUGGUGUUCAGUGCCCUGGUGCAGGUGGCCUUCUGGAGAUUCCACAACCCCACCCAGGUGGAGGAUGCUUUGCUGGACACCUACGACCUGGUGUAUGACCGGGCGGUGAAGAACUUGUCCGGAACCCCGCGGCAGCAGCUGGUGGCCAUUCAGGACAUGUUCCUGUGCUGUGGCAAGAGCUCUCCUUUCAGCCUCCUGGGGGACGCGGAGGCCGGUCUGUGUCGGGGAGAGCAGGCAGCCAGACAGGACUGCCUGGUGGGGAUCAGGAGCUUCCUGAGGACGCACAGAAACAUCGCCUCCACCCUGACCGGCAUCGGCCUCGCCGCCAUGGUGUACGCGAUGCUGCUCAGCUCAUUUCUCUGGUUCGCCAUUCGCUCUGGCGGCAGCCUGGACCGCAAGGGCAAAUACACCCUGAGCCGGAGAGUGCCCGGCUGCCAGCCCCAGGAGCCCAGCUUCUUCAGACGCUCCCAAGGGAGCCCCAAGCUUCAGUCCCCGACCGACUCAGAUGUUCUCCACGGCCGUCUGGGUGCAAGUGGACCCUCAGGGGGCCCUCGGCUGCUCCAGGACGACUGA